AUGCCAGGGUCCACUAUCGAGGAUAAAGACAGACAGCUGCCCUGGAUUGUCUUCCUGCAGGGUGGACCAGGAGGAGCUUGCCCACAGCCCCAGGAGGUAGGCUGGGUUGGCCCAUUGCUGGAUCGAGGGUACCAGAUCCUUCUCCUUGACCAGCGAGGAACAGGGCUUUCAACCCCUAUCACUGCUGCGACGCUUGCUCUUCAGGGAAACGCAGUAAAGCAGGCCGAAUAUCUUAGGCUAUUCCGUGCCGAUAAUAUUGUGCGAGACUGUGAGGCAGUGCGUAAACUAUUGACUGCUUAUCACCCCCCAGAUAGGCAGAAAUGGAGCGUUCUUGGCCAGAGUUUUGGAGGAUUCUGUGCCAUUACGUAUCUUUCUAAGUACCCUGAGGGACUUAAAGAGGUCUUCACAACUGGUGGAUUACCGCCUCUUGUGUCAAAGCCUGAUCCUGUGUACGAGAGGACUUACGACAAGGUCCAGUCCCGGAAUAAAGUGUACUAUUCUACUUUCCCCGAAGACGAAGAUCGAGUGCGGAUUAUACUCAAGCAUCUCCAAACCCACAAUGUUAAGCUCCCUGAUGGCUCAUCGUUAACUCCAGAACGCUUCCUCCAGCUAGGAAUUCAUUUUGGAAUGAAAGGCAUUAUUUUGAAAUGCAUUAAUGAACUGGAUACUUUUGGCUUCCUUACACGUCCUACUCUAUCACUCAUCGAGAACGACACGAGUGCAGAUAACGGCAUUCUAUAUGCCAUAAUGCAUGAAUCUAUCUACUGCCAAGGGGAGGCAUCAAACUGGGCGGCCGAAAGAUUAUUACCCAAGUUCGCUGGGUUCCGAGGCGCUCACAACCCUGAUGGCAUCUACUUCACUGGGGAGAUGGUAUACAAACACUGGUUUGAGUCGUCCACUGAGCUUGGCCAGCUCAAAGAGGUAGCCGAUAUUCUUGCUUCCUACAAUGACUGGCCUCAGUUGUAUGAUAAGGAAAAGCUCGCGCGCAACGAGGUGCCAGUAUACUCCGCCACAUAUGUCGAGGAUAUGUACGUGCACUUCAGCUAUGCCAACGAAACAGCUGCCACUAUUGGCAAUUGCAAACAGUUCAUCACCAACACAAUGUACCACAACGGACUGCGUUCGAAUUCCGCUGAACUUAUUGCGCAGCUGUUUGCUCUUCGUGAUGAUACGAUUGACUAG